GUAAAUAAGGAAGGUGUUAAACUUUUUGUAAAAAUUCGUGAUAAAAAUAAAGGUAAUAAGAGCCAAUUUAAGGUCCUGGAAGCUGGAUUGAAUUGCCGUACUGAGGUAUAUCCUCAUCGAAGAAGAAGUGGCCUUUAAAUAGCGUGGUGUUCUGUGAGGAUUCCGCGGCCGACAAAAUGCCCAAAAAUACAGUGUUGAAGGAAUUAGCGAAAUGCAAACACCCCCAAAGCAGAAAAACACUAGCACUAGCUAGAAAGAUCAAAAAGAUAAAUAAUCGUGAAAAGAUCAAGCUGGGACAUGCGGCAAAGGCGAACGUUCUGGGCAUGAAGUUGGCCUGGUUUGCGGAAAAGGUGGAAGGCCGCGAGGAACCGGUAUCGCCGGCAGAAUACGAGGAGCUGAUCGAUUCGUAUCUCCGGAGGUUCGACGGGGAGCUCGAGCAAAUCAAGAUAGUGCAGGCGAUCGGGAAGCACCGGGCAAAUCAGCAUGCAGCACGCGAGGCCGUCAUAAAGACGACGCUGGAAAUGGAGAAACAGCAUUUUGGUGGUGGCGGUCUCGAGCUUCCCGAUUUGUGUGAUGCCGAGCAUUUCAAAAAGUUUCAAGAGUGGAACGGUGAUGCGGCCAGCGUGCAGCACUUGCGGCUUAAGUUCAUAUCACGAAAAUCCCUCCGAUCAGCUGCGGCCAAAGGGGAAGGAGACCAGCAAAUGGUGGAGUAAUAAAAUUCCAGCGUAACUCUUUAGAUAUAAAUACUGCCGGUG